CGGUGGCCGGUGUGGUGGGAGUCGGAGACAUUGUCCGUCAAUCUGCUCACUUCUUCGACCCCCCUUCCUUCAUAAGGAAAACCGUCAAUCGCUGAAAACCGCGCUGCUGAAAACUAGCCGCUCAUAAUAUUACCGAGCGCGACUGAAAAUCGUCGAGCGUCCUGAAAAUCGCGAAUGAAAAUGUCGAAAUUAUCGGUUACAGUGGUCUUGGUCAUCGCAUUUGUUCAAAGUGGGCACUCUCUGCAGUGCUGGCGGUGUAGCUCAAUCCAAGACUCAACAUGCAGCGACUACUUCAAUGUGACCAGAAUACGUCAAAAUACAAGGAACUCAGACACCCUAACGUACGGAAGCUCACCUGUGCAACCUGUAAAGAACUACCCUCACAAAGAAGUAUGCGAUGACAGAUACGACAAUACCUAUAAUCAGAGGAAUGUCUGUAUCAAACGGGUUUUCUUGGACAGUAGCGAUAGAAAGGUAGUAGAAAGAGGAUGCAGAAAAGUAUCCAGGAACCUACAGGUUGGUAAAUGUCCUGAAGAGCUAUGGGCUGAACCUGGCAGAAACAUUGAAUAUUGCGGUACUUGCGAUUCUGAAGAAUGCAACUCUGCCAACGGACAUCUCGGCAACUUCUUCCUGACAGUAGUUGGACCCGUACUAGCUCAUUUGCUACUCAGAAGUUAGAGGAUAGGCGUUUAUUGGCCCAUCCGAUGGCGUCGCCUUGUCUUACAGAGAUUCGUUAAUGCAAGGUCAUGUCCAGAUGGAGUGAAUGCAAGCAGCACUUGUGGCAAAGUCAUUGUUGUAUACAAAGUGAUGAUCUAGGAAUACUCUCGGAGCCCCUAUAUAUGUGCAUAACUGGAAGGUGCAAAAAUAUACUAUAUUCAACUUGAGAAGCUUACUAAGAAAAACAGAGAUUCGCUUAGAAAAGGCAUUUGAAACUUUAUGCAAAUGGCACUGAAUGUGGUUAUGACGGUUUUGAAAGUAUUCCUCAAAUUGCUGAAUCAAGGUAUAACUGAUCACUGUUUGUUAUUAUUGGAUGUAAUGUCUUGCAGCUAAAAAUUGCUUUGGAGAAUUAGAUAUGAAUCUUAUUAUGCCAAUUUUAUGAGAAAGUACAAAAAACUUCUGGCCUCUGCACAUAAUUUGUAAGCCUACAGUUAAAUUUGACGCUUUUCAUUCACAUAUUCUUUUCUUCUGUAUUGUAACACAUGCUUUUCUUGUUUAAUGGUUAUACUAAAAUAUACCUAUCGCAAAUGUACAAAAUAUGUACAAAAGAGUGUAUAAAAUGAACUGUUCUAAAGUGGCAAUGUGUGGACCAGCAGUAGUUUUAGGGCGCAUUGUAGUUUCCCAUUAAAUCAAUAUACAUGAACAAAAUCUUACUAAAAUAAUGCGUAUAAACUUAGUUAAACUUGUCAAUUUCCAAUACAUGUCUUAUUUUUCAAGUUGCUGACAGCCACUAUAACGUUUAGUACCUGAAGACAAAUAAAGUAUUACAUGUAGUCGCUAUCUAGAUAAAAAAUUACAGUAUUAAUACAUGAAAACAUUCAAGCACUAGUCGGGUAACAUACUGUUCAUAACUUUAGCCGCUGUACCUCAAUAUUAUAGUAAGUAAUAGAUUAGCUAUUCCAAUUUAUCCUCCAACUCAAUUAAACCAUUUUAUAGUAUGUAUAUUAAUAUUAGUGUGGUUUGUAUUUUUAUGUAUCUGUAUAUUAAAUAAUAAACCUUGAAAAGAC